AUGGCCGACCCCAAGGACGCAGGCUCUUCGCGAGCUACUCCAACACACCGAACUCCAACCCCGACGGCAAAGAAAAAGUCGCCACCCACAGUCAAUGUCUACGGGCUCGCCAGUCGACGGGGCCGUGGUGCAAGACUCCCACCAGCCAAGCGGCCCUCCGCCAGUGGUAGCGCGGUGGCGCGCGGCGGCCUUGUGGGUCACGGUCAUUCAACGGCCGCCUCACACGCCCAGCAUCAUAAUAGCUCCAGCAGCUCGGGCUCAGGCUCGGGAUCGGGCUCAGGAUCAGGCUCAGGCUCGGGAUCAGGCUCGGGCUCAGGCUCAGGCUCGGGCAUGACAAACACGAGCUCUAGGGCUGCGUCCAGCUCGGCCGUGGCUCCAACGUCCUAUUCGGGCCCAAGUGCCAGCACCUACGGAAGUUCAUUAGGCUUAACGUCGGCCUCUGCAAUACUUUCAGCUUCUCAUCCCAACAGUGAUAGCGCAACCGCGGCCCUUUCACUAAACCAGCCCUACGAGGCACGGCAGCUGACCCAGCACCGUCAUCACUACGAUUCCAGACACGCUCACCCCCCUCAAUCCGUGCCGCGCCACACCAUGAGUCAACUGGCUAACAUGGCUCCCUCCACCUCAGCCGCGCAUCACAGCCAAGGCUAUGCGUCACCAGAUCUCCGGCGGCUCCAGCCUGCACAAACUUUAAAGCCCACGGCGCAUUCAUACGGCUAUGUGCCUGCGCACACAAGUUCGCGCCACUCUACUGGUCACUUCGCGCCAGGGCCGUCCUACGAGACAACUCACAGCGCCGCAUCAGCCCCACACUACAGUUCGCUGCCUGAACCGGCUGCUCGGGCUCAUGUUUAUGACGCCCAGCCUCGAGGCUAUGAUGCCCGCCCUCGCUUUGGCAUGAUUCGGGCCUCAGAUGGGGCCUAUCUGCAUGGCAAGGACUCGGGUUUUAGUGACUUGGACAACCCAUCGGGUGGUGUCACUGUCGUUCAGCCAGUAGAGCGAUUGAUACACGCCAACACGCCCGUGCACCCUCACCAACAUACCCCAAAGGACAGUCACGCGCCGCACAUCCGCUCAAUCUCCCCGCUGCCGCCCAGUACCAGCUCCGAAAGUCAGCGUAGCCCCUCGCCCUCUCCCAAGAAGCGUGGUUCCGUCACAAAAGCACCUGACAUCGUGGCUUGGAUUCAUGAGCACUAUGAGCUCAAGGAAGCCGCUUGCGUCUUGCGCUCAAGCUUGUACGAGAACUACGUCAAGUUCUGCGAGCUCACCAGCCAGGAACCCACCAAUGCUGCCAACUUUGGCAAGAUCAUCCGUCAACAGUUCCCGCAACUCAAAACGCGUCGCCUGGGCACGCGUGGCCAGUCCAAGUACCACUACUACGGGUUGCGGCUCAAGCCCACGUCAACCUACAAUGAGACCACUGCUGCACCGCGAAAGACCAAGGAGCCUGCCUUUAUGCCACUGUUUCCCACCGUGGACUUUCAGCUGCUGCCUGCCGGCACUUCGUCCGAUCAUGUGGCUCUCUUGUUCGGGGAGAUGCGCAAAACCUACGAACAGAUUUUGACAGCCGCUGUCGAAGGCUCAUACCAAAACGUUCACGAGCUAUACACAGAGUUCUGGGCCCGUUUACCAAGUCAGCUUCAGUACCUCUUCAGUCUGGGCCAUGUGGUCGAUUGCAUUUGUGCUUGCGACAAUACACUCUACACCACCAUUCUUUCAGAAGUCAUAUCAAAUAUCCUGACGCCGCUCAGUAGCGACGACAUUCGUCAUCUGCGCUUCCUAGCCAGUCAUUGGAUUUCUUGGGUGGAGCAGAGUGCGGCCUACAUGUCUCGUGCUGCUUUAUCCAAGCGUGUAGAGACCGCUCGUGUAUUUGUCAAGGCCAUUGAGCGACAGACGUCACUGAACCAUGUCGCCCAGGCGGCCAUCACCGUCUUCAACACCGACACAAUCACCGACCAAAUGCGCACCGAUUGGAGUCGCCUUGACUUUGAAGCUAUUGACAUGCAAGUCUCCAUGUGUUUGACACGUUCCAUCAUGCACAACAUUCACCGAGCCCGGGAUGUGUUUGCCGAGAUGCUGUGGCGGCGCACCCCACUAGAGAGCUAUAUCCAAUGGUUCUCCAAGCUUUUGGAAAACUGCGUCGGGGUCAAGAACGGUGAUUUAUAUCAAACCCGCGCCAAGCGGUUCAUCAUGAUCUUCAAUUACUAUACCAGCCUCUUGACGCGUGACCUACGCCGUCGAAAUGCUUCCAGCUUUAGCUCCUUCCACUUGGUACAGUUGGUAUUUGGCGAAUACCUGACCUUUCUAGUGGAGCGACGUUUGGCCAGUGAUCAUGCUGUCUUUCUUCGGCAACGCAUCACCAAGGCCCCAGACGCGGGGCCUGCCGGAACACUACCUUCUGCAGCAACCAAGGUGGCAGGUCAAGGCUCAGCUACCGCACACUUUCAAUCAGACUGGCGAUACUCCGAUCAAGCAACACAUGGGUUGAGUGCCUUCAUGCGGCCCACGGAGUCUGCGAGUGGAGCAGCCACCAGCCAAGCGUCAUCGGAUGUGGCGAAAAAUCCUUCUUUGGCGGCCUUGUUGACACCAUCCUUGCUAUCGCUCAACUCGUCCGAGUUCAUGUUCCCGGACUUUGAGCACGACUUUGUGCCGCGCGUCACGACAGCCCCUUCAACGCAGGCUCGCUAUGACAUGGGUCGACCAGGGGACUUCAACUAUGGUUCUGGCUCUGGGGUUGACCCGCUGGGUGGCAUAUUGGACCAUUUGCACUCGGACACCAUGUCCAAUAGCUCGGCCCUGCCCAACCUCGACUUUGCUCUCUCCGAUAUGCUCAAAGAGGCUGAGCCCAUUCUCACCGAGCACUCGCACACCCUUGAAGCCGCCUUCACGCAAGCCGGGGCCGACGAAUCGAGCCUUCUGUCCCUUCCUUCGCUACUGGUGCACGACGCGCCCGUCACCACUUCAACGGUUGCCCAUUCGUCCUGA